GUCAAACGGCAGAACCAAGUGCUCUCGGGGCGCCGCCGGCCGCCAUGGAGUCGAUCAGUCGCAUCUCGAGCUUGCUGGAGACUGGUAUGUGCGGGCCCGCUACUCUCCUCUGUGCUUGUGCUCUGUCCCCAGCCUUGCAAAUUUGCGCUGCGUGUGACAGCGUACGCGCACGACUGUCUGGGCUCUCCUCCCCCAGCGCGCUGCUGCCAUGCACCCGUCGAACUUCGCUCACUGGUCCCUCUCCACAGCCCGCGACCUCACCCUCGAAGCCGCCCGCGAUGCCAGCAAUGCCCGCAAAGCCCCGACCCGCCCGCUGCCCUCGGCCCAGCUCAAGAAGCUGCUCGACAGCCGCUCUGAGCGCGAUGUGCUCGAGGGCCUGCGGAGAGUCGUCACUAUGUCCUACCGCCAGCCGCCCUCGCAGACACUGCCGUUCUUCUCACACGUGAUCAAGAACGUCGCCUCGCCGUCGCUCGCCGUCAAGAAGCUCGUCUACACAUACCUCCUCCAGCAUGCCGAGCACGAGCCCGACACGGCCCUGCUCUCCAUCAACACGAUCCAGAAGUCGCUCACCGACCAGAACCCCCAGCUGCGUGCCCUCGCCCUGCGCGUCAUGUCCGGCAUACGCGUGCCCGUCAUCAGCCAGAUCGUCAGCCUGGGCAUCAAGCGCGGAGCUGGCGACAUGUCGCCCUACGUGCGGAGAGCCGCAGCCCUGGCCAUCCCGAAGUGCUACAGACUGGACCCGAACACGGAGCCGCAGCUUCUCGAAUAUCUCUCGACGUUGCUGGGCGACAAGCAGUACUUCGUCGCCGGCGCCGCCGUUGCUGCUUUCCUAGAAAUAUGUCCAGACCGCCUGGACCUGAUACAUCCGCACUACCGCUCGCUGGUGCACAAGCUGGCCGACAUGGACGAGUGGGGGCAGCUGGCCACGCUGCAGCUUACCAUGGUGUAUUCGCGCAAGUGCUUCCCCAGGCGGACAAGGAAGGUCAAGAAGCCCACCUCGAAGCCGAGCACAAACACCAAGCCCGCGAAAUCCACGAGAGGAUUCUAUGACAGCGAAAGCGAGGGAGAGGAGGAGGAAGAAGACGAGCAGGAUUUUGAGGAAGUUGCCGUCCUGGAUCCUGACCUCGAGCUUCUACUGAAGAAUUGUCUGUCUCUGCUGCAAUCGCGGAAUGCAGCAGUGGUGAUAGCGGUGGCCAGAGCAUAUCUGUACCUGGGCACUCCUGACUACGUUUCUCUGGCCAUUGGACCGCUAGUGUCUCUUCUGCGAUCUGCUGGUGACAUUCAGCACAUUGCACUUUACAACGUUGUGCAAGUGUGCCUGUCACAUCCCGAGUCGUUCGUCAAGUACUACACGCAUUUCCUGGUCCGUUCGACAGAUGCCCCGCACAUCUGGCGCCUCAAGCUGGAGUUACUAACACUCAUUUUUCCUCACGCCCAACCCAGGCUACAAAGUCUGAUCCUGGCCGAGCUGAGCCACUUCUCACACUCUGGCAGCCUGGAUCCUGCGCUGGUCAAAGAGUCCGUCCGCGCAAUCGGUAGAUGCUCACAGAGCCCCGCCACAAGUCCACAGACAUCAGCGCGGUGCUUGAGACUGCUCCUCAAGCACAUUGGCUCUGCAGACCCCCAUCUCGUAGCCGAAUCCCUCGAAGUGAUCCGCCACCUCAUCCAGCGCAACCCAGACGCACACCGAACCACCGUCGUCCGACUGGCCAAGCACCUCGACGCAGCAACCAGUCCGCAGGCACGCGCAAGCAUAAUCUGGCUCGUCGGCGAGUUCGCCGGUCUGGAUCCAGAAAACAACAUUGCCGCAGACGUGCUGCGCAUUCUGGCGAAGGGCUUCGCUGACGAAGCCGAGCCCGCGAAACUGCAAAUCAUGCUGCUCGCUGCGAAGGUCUACAUCCACCAUCUCCACGCCAACCCGCCGCCGUCUCCCACGAAACCAGCCGACGCGCCAGAGCAGAGCACCACCCUCCUCGACAUGCCCGACGAAGAAGGCGGCUUCCGCGACUCGGCGCUCGAGCAGCCCCCGCCGCUCGAACCCGAGCAGAAGCAAGAAAUCCACCAGAUCGAAGCGCUAUACAACUACAUACUCGCUCUGACCCGGUACGACACAUCCUACGACCUACGCGACCGAGCGCGUGUUUACAAAUCGCUCCUCUCGUCCCCGAGCAGCACGCAGCUCGCCUCUCUCCUCCUGCUAGCCCCCAAACCCGUCCCGCACAUUCCCUCGCCCUCGGAGACGCGAAAGGCGUACGUUCUCGGGAGCGCCUCGCUGGUCAUCGGCGACCAAGGCGGCGUCGGCGGAUUGCGAGGGUACGAAGAUCUGCCGCCGUGGGUCAAGGACGGGAAAGAGCCUGAUGCGGCGCUGCGAGACGAGGUCAAGGAGAGCGCGUAUGUGAGUGCGUACGAGGUCGCGAAGAACAUGAGCGCGAGCGAGCGGCUGGAUGCGGCAGCGCAGGUGGACAGCGAGAGGGCGCGGAUGCCGGAGACGAUUGCGAGUUACCGGGCGAAUGGGGUGGAUGCUGCGAAGGCGCCGCAGAAAGAGAAGACGCUUGAUGAUUGGUUGGCCGAGGAUAGCGGAAGCGAGGAGACGGACGACGAGGAAGACGACGAGGACGAUGAAAGCGAAGAAGAGAGCGAGUAUGAGACGGAAAGCGAGAGUGGGAACGAGAAUGACCGGCUCGUUAAGUGAAUCCCAAUAAGGCCAGUUGGCGUACAACGCCAUCAGAAUACAUAAGCUACCACUAUCGUCUAUUCGCAUAGCAGACGGAGACUCAGUCACAGGCACGCGACUUCCAUCAUGCCGAGCGCAGAGGCGGAGCUCGCCCAUCGUGUCUUGCCCGGGCCAUCGUGGCCAUGGUCAUCAAUCGUGCCAUAACAUGAUAUACGAGUCACGAAAGGUCGCUGAGCCAUGUGCGGCGAUGCCGCAGAGCAAUAGAACGUGAUGCAGCGAGACACCUGUCCAAUGCAUCUGCCAUGAUAAUCUGAGUGCUGACCUUUCAAAACUCUGUAAUUUACGACUUCAAAACCUGUGUCACAUUAUAAGACAUGUAACGAAGUGAACAAAUGCAAGACUGGUACGUGAAAGUGACAGAUUGACAAUUGACCGGCGCGUAACUGGCGCAGAGAGAUUAAUAGUAGAUACUUGUGAAAAGAGGUAAGAAAUAGAA